CUGACGGCUCCGAGCUGACCUUCUCCUUCUCUCCUCUCUGGUUGCCAAGCGACAGUGUUUCACCUUGUCAGAUUCCCAACUCUGCAGAACCAAAGACAUUUCAGAAUCUUCGUAAGAUUCUAACCCCACAUUACAAAGGAUUCCCUUCCCUUUAAUCGUCUUCACCAAUAUCUCAGAGGCCGCUCUUUGAAAAUGCUCCUCCCUCUCCCCCUCCAAUCAAAAUCCAAUCGUGUCCCAUUUUCAAGAUUCUCCACAUUCCUCGGACCCCACCGUCGUCUUCAGCUCCACAUUGUCCCCUUCCCCCAAGCGAAACAACCCGACAAAUCUCAGACUCUGUCUCUCAAUCCCACGAGUUGUCGGAGCAGGAAAGUUUGCAACUUUACUGCCAAACUCGCGGACGCGGACCCACAAGGAUCUGAAGGGGACAAUGAAUCUACUCAGGGGAAGGAUUUCAACUUCUGGGGUGCUGUCACUUUGAUCAUCGGGACAGCUGUGGGGCCCGGAAUGCUGGGCCUGCCGGCCCUGACCAUCAAAUCGGGCCCACUCCCUUCGACCAUUGCGAUUCUCCUCUCAUGGGUUUAUGUCAUCUCAUCAAUCAUCCUGGUGGCGGAGCUCACCUUCGCUGCACUGGAGGAAGACGGGGCCAGGGAGGUGAGCUUCACUUCCCUCGCGACUAAAUCAUUAGGGAGCCGGUUUGGUGCCUUUGUUGCGGUCAUCUAUGCUUCUUUGAGCUUUGCUCUAUUAGUUGCUUGCGUUUCGGGGAUCGGUUCGAUAAUCUCGCAGUGCUGUCCUUCCAUGAAUCCAAUGUUAGCCUAUGCAUUUUGUCCGCUGGCUGUUGGGAUCAUUCUCGGGUUCUUCCCCUUUAAAGCGAUUGAUUCCGUGAACCGGUUACUAUGUUUACUGAUGCUUAUCUCGAUAACGGCACUAGUUGUGAUCGGUUCAUCAGUGGCGAGAGCAAAUGUGGUCGAGUCAUUUUCCCAUGCCUCUUGGAGCAUGUCAUCAAUUCUACCUGCUAUACCUGUGGCAGUACUCACACUAGGAUUCCAUGUAAUCACCCCUUUUAUCUGUAAACUCGCUGGAGAAACUGUCAUUGAGGCACGAAAGGCAGUUUUGAUGGGCGGGGUGGUUCCACUGCUUAUGGUUUUGUCAUGGAAUUUGAUUGUCUUGGGCCUGUCUGGGAGGAUAAACUCUGUUGCCUCUUCCACAGAUCCCAUUACAUUGUUGCUUUCUGUGAAUCCCAGUGCUCUACCGGCAGUUCAAGGCUUUGCAUUCUCUGCUCUAGCGACGAGCUUGAUAGGCUACGCAGUCAGCUUCCCAAAGCAGCUUCUGGACACCGUCGAUCUGAUCUUUAGGAAGAGCAACAACGAAGGGGAAAUCUUCCAUAAAACCGGUGGUGGAAGAGUUGGUUUUGUAGAGUAUAGUGCUGGAAACUCUGGGAGUGCUUGGUUCAGUGGGAAGAAGGGUCUAUCCGCCUCAGAAGAAUGCAAACAAGUUGGCUUCAAUUCUAUCAGUGAAGCUCUUUUAAUGUCAAUUGUGUUGGGUGCCCCAGUUCUGAUAGCCUCCCUCUUCCACUCGACUUUUGCGAAGGCACUUGAUUUUGCCGGAGUCUACGCUAACUGUUUCCUAUUCGGAAUCCUUCCUCCGUUGAUGGCGUACAUUCAGCUGUCCCGGAAGAAGCUGAGGUCAACUAUUGUCCCGGGAGGGAACGUGACACUAUUGUUGCUCUUCAGUGUAGCGGUGGCAUUGGCUAUUUGGCACUAGAAAGAUAUGUCAACGAAGAUUUUAGAGCAUAUCUGGCAAACCAAUGCAUAAUUCUUUUGCGCCAUAUGUUGCUAAUCAUUCCAGGAGCGUCCCGGGGAUUCUUCUAGGAACUUAGCGCACAGUAUGAGUGAUCAGUGAUCUCAUGGGCGAGAUUAAUCGCGAUGCUGAACCAGAGCUUCUCUGGCUGGCGAAAGUUUUCUAAGACUUGGAACAUUCCCUGUUAGGAGGAGAGUCCACUCAAAGUGUCUCUGUCCUGUUCCAUUGAAGGAUUUUCUCGAUUCAUUGAGGCAUUUAUGUGCUUAGAAGUUGUAAAUGUAAUAGUUCUUUAGACGGCAACAUCGAUGCUCGUAUUUCAAGUUCGAGCCCUGGGUUGCCACUCGCUCUUCUUAUCUAAACUGCAGUACACUGAAUUACAGUUUAAUUGAAGUAGCAAAUUUUGGCUAUGGUCUUCUGAAUUGCCUC